AGUGUGUGUGUGAGCGCGCGCGCGUGUGUGCGCGCGUGUGAGUGUGCGAGUGUGUGUGUGCGCGUGUGUCUGUGUGUACACGCAGGGAAAAGCUAAUGGAUGUAGUGAAGCUGGCGCUGGAGAAGGGGAGCGGACAGCAGGCUCGGGUCGCCGUUGCAGCUGUUGCUCAGGCUCCAGCCCUGGCUCCGGCUCUGGCUCUGGCUCCGGAUCCAGCUCCAGCUCGGGCUCAGGCUCAGGCUCCAGCGCCGGCUCGCCGCCGCCUACUCCUCCUGCCCCGGCCACCACCACCGCUGCUGCUGCCCCUCCGGCAGUCGGAGAUGCUGCCGCUCCUGCCCAGCACCCAGCACCGGCUCCGGGCUCGCAGGAAAAGAAAGGAGCUGCUGCUGGGCCAGGUCUGCUUCCUGGGCUCCCUCUUGCUGCUCCUGUCGUCCCUGGGUAACUGGGCUGAUAAAGCCGGUUAUUAUAUCUUUGACUAUAUGGAAACAAGUGACAAAUGGAGUGGGAGGAGAUUACUGCAGGAGAAUGCUACCUUGAUUCCAGAGAAUACAGAACCCUGGCCUGGUAAAAACUGCACUGACCCUGCUCUCCAUGAAUUCCCUAGUGACAUCUUCACAAAUGAGGAACGGCGACAAGGAGCUGUGAUCUUACAUGUCCUUUGUGCCAUGUACAUGUUCUAUGCUUUGGCCAUUGUGUGUGAUGACUUCUUUGUCCCUUCCUUGGAAAAGAUUUGUGAACGCCUCCAUCUCAGUGAAGAUGUGGCUGGAGCUACUUUCAUGGCAGCUGGAAGCUCUGCUCCUGAGUUAUUUACUUCUGUUAUAGGUGUUUUCAUCACUAAAGGGGAUGUGGGUGUUGGAACCAUCGUUGGCUCAGCUGUCUUCAAUAUUCUCUGCAUCAUUGGUGUCUGUGGGCUUUUUGCUGGGCAGGUUGUGUCUCUAUCUUCUUGGUGUCUCCUGAGAGAUUCAACUUACUAUACAUUGUCUGUUGUUGCCCUCAUUGUGUUUAUAUAUGAUGAAAAAGUUUCUUGGUGGGAGUCCUUAGUGCUAGUGCUAAUGUACAUUAUCUACAUCAUUAUUAUGAAAUACAAUGCUUGCAUACAUCAGUGCUUUGAAAGGAGGACAAAGAGUGCUGGGAACAUGGUCAAUGGCUUGGCCAACAACGCGGAAAUUGAUGACAACAGCAAUUGUGAUGCCACGGUAGUGCUCCUUAAGAAAGGUAACCGCGAAGCAAAUUUCCACCGCAAAGCUUCAGUGAUCAUGGUGGACGAGCUACUAUCAGCAUAUCCACAUCAGCUCUCUUUUUCUGAGGCCGGGCUCCGGAUCAUGAUUACCAGCCAUUUUCCCCCCAAAACUCGGCUCUCCAUGGCCAGCCGCAUGUUGAUUAAUGAGAGGCAAAGAUUAAUAAACAGCAGAGCAUAUGCAAAUGGAGAGUCAGAGGUGGCCAUAAAAAUUCCCAUCAAGCAUGCUGUUGAGAAUGGAACAGGACCCAGCAAUGCCCCAGAGAGGGGUGCGAAUGGGACCCGAAGGGAUGAUGAUGUCACUGAGGCUGGCAAUGAAACUGAGAAUGAGAACGAGGACAAUGAGAACAAUGAGAAUGAUGAAGAAGAAGAAGAGGAUGAUGAUGAUGAUGAUGAUGAUGAUGAGGGACCUUACACUCCAUUCGACCCACCCUCUGGCAAAUCGGAAAUAGUGAAGUGGUUGUUCACCUGGCCACUGAGUUUGGUCUUAUACUUCACUGUCCCCAACUGCAACAAACCCCGAUGGGAGAAGUGGUUUAUGGUGACAUUCGCCUCUUCCACCCUGUGGAUUGCAGCCUUCUCCUAUAUGAUGGUUUGGAUGGUUACAAUUAUUGGCUACACUUUAGGUAUUCCUGAUGUGAUCAUGGGGAUCACAUUUCUGGCAGCUGGGACAAGUGUGCCUGAUUGCAUGGCCAGCCUCAUUGUGGCAAGACAAGGGAUGGGUGACAUGGCUGUAUCCAACUCCAUCGGAAGCAAUGUGUUUGACAUUCUGAUUGGCCUGGGACUCCCGUGGGCUCUACAGACCCUGGCAGUGGAUUAUGGCUCCUAUAUUCGACUGAAUAGCAGGGGACUGAUCUACUCUGUUGGCUUGCUCUUGGCCUCGGUUUUUGUCACGGUAUUUGGUGUCCACAUGAACAAGUGGAAGCUGGACAAGAAGCUGGGGUUCGUGUGCCUUUUCCUGUAUGGCAUCUUCUUGUGUUUCUCCAUCAUGACCGAAUUCAACGUUUUCACCUUUGUGAACUUGCCCAUGUGCAGGGAGCACUGAUCCACCUGGCAAGGCUGAGGUGCCAUUUCCUUCUUUUUCCUGUGCAAUACUCAACAUGGCCGGCACCUCCACAAGAGCAUAGGGUGCUUCCGAAGGGCCGUGAAGUACAGUCUAUCCUGCUCGCUGUUCUCCUCUCUGGCUAGCCCUCCAUUUUUCCUCUUUCUCACCCCCAACCUCCACCCUGUUCACCCCCAUCGGGAAAACCCGAUGUGUGUCGAUGUGAAGACUUUCCACAUUCAUAUGACUUUUCAAUCUCUAUCUCUCCGAACAGUGACUGGGAUCCUAGAAGCACUGGCUGCUACCUGGCUCUGAGCCAGACAGACUUGCUCCAAUUCCUCCUCUUUUUUUAAGUUAUUUGAUGGAAGACUAAUCUAAUUUAUGACUUGAGAUUGUGGGUAAAAUAGAGAAGAAGAGGCUACACUGAUUGUAUGGGGUGUUUUUCUGAGGAUAAUUGUGGGAUUCUGGGUUUGGGGUUGUUUUGUUCUUUUUUUUUUCCUUUUUCCAGAGAGCCUCUCUUACGUUUUUUCCUCCUGCAUUUUGGAUUUCAAUCAAUGAUCCAAAGAUCAUAAGUGCAGUGUUUUAUGGGAACUGAACCUCAAGGUACUUUGGAGUAUGAGUGGCUUUACUGUUUAUUAAAAGGAAUUGAUGAGGCAACAGAGAAUGACUUUUUACUCGGAAUUAGACAUCUCUUUAAAGUCUUAUAGGAAACACAAAAGGGAAAGCACAUUGGAGGGAGGAAAACACUUUUCUGGUGUCCAUUAUGGUCAUCAAUUUAUUGUUAGGAUAUUUCUAGUUUUCCAAGCAAUAGUUCCAGCCUGCCUGAGCCUUUGAUGAGGGGAGCCCUGGCUCAUACCAUCCACAAGGUACCAGGUACAGUCUGUGUCAUAAGCUCCCCUACCUAACUUGUGAUUUCCUCUGGUUAGAAUCGUAUUCAGGGCGACCCGGAUAGAAACAAAAGGCUUCAGCCUUUUGUAAAUGAAUUAGAGACACUGGUUUCUUUGAAAAGAAAGAAGCAUACUUUGCACAGACGUUGUCGAUGAAGUCGCAAUUUGCCACUCAGUAAUUAGUACACUGGACCCAGCCAGAUUACUAAUGGGGGAACUUUCCUAACAGAACACUGCCAAGCUGACUCACCUCUCCCUGAGGGUCAGAGGGAGGACGAGAGGAACAGAGAGAUGGCACUUCUUAAAAUGCAGAAUGUGUUCAAUGAAGACUCGCUCAUGAGCAUAAGUUAUUGUGAAAGUUUUUGCCAAUCACUGCUCUUAAUAGCCCUGCUAUUUUGUAUGAUACUGUAUUAAUAUGCAGAAAAAUUCCACCAAGUUGAGAAACACCUAUGCUUGUUACACUUGUAUUUAUUGAAACUGUGGACCUUCCCCAUGCUGAUUCUUGUAUUUACUUUAAGCACUGAUCACUUCUAAUUCUUUCAGGACGUUCCCUCUCUCUGCCCCCUCCCUCUUUCCACACCACCCCCACACUCCGUACACAUUCUGGUAUGAAAUGUAAUGGCAUAUUACAAACUGAUCGAAUGUCUUUGUCUAUGGUACAAACAGUGGCCAAUACUAGUAAAUGAGAGUAUGAGGCCUAUUUUUUAAAACAUAACACACAAAAAAAGAAACCACUUAUUUUUAAUCGCAGCAGGAAACCUGUUCACAGAGCUAACACAUUUAUUGACCGUGUUGCACAUUUGCACUUGAUUAUUUGAGAUUGGUUUUCUUUGGACAGAUAGUGUACAAUAAACUUCUCUGAUCUUUAGUCUUCAUAAAGCACAACACAUUACUUUCUAUCCAGAUCAGGAUCCAUAUGGCAUUAACUAGUUUGGCACCAACUAGUGAAAGCUGUCAUACUCAUCAUAUGGACAAAUAUUCACAUCUGCAACUGCCUUCUAUAUUGAUUUACCCAGAAAUAGAUGUAUAUAUAAUUAGCUACCUUAAAUAAACAAGAUGGUGGUGACUGUGGCAGAAUGCAGAAGUGAACAGCAUGGUUGAUUGAAGACCUUUAAAUCAUAAAGGAACUUUAUGCCCAUCAUCUUCUAAACUUUACUGUUACAUGACAGUAUGUUUAACACUGCACUCCAUUUGUGUGGCUAUGCAAAUUGGAAAUGAUGUUCUAACACUGAUAAGAUUUAGAACUUUUACUGUGUUCAAAUAGUACAAUUCAUUUUAUUCUGCCA